GCUCUCUUGGUACCAGUGGUGUGGAUUGCAACCGCAAACGGAAAGGCAGCUCCACUGACUACCAUUCACAGGUCGAAUUUGGGGAGCACAAUGGCUGGAGGUCAGAUGCCCACUAGGAGAUGCUAUGAUUAAUAUGUAAGUUAUCCCAGAUGAUUAAGACAGCCAACACCCAGGGGCUGGAGCGUGGGUAUGAGGGCUGUGAGGGUGUUCUUGCAUAGCAGUAACUCCCCAGCAGAGAGACUGUGAGAUGUUGACCACAAACCCUUUGUCUUGAGCAAGUGCUGAGGGAGCCACUAUUAUGUUCUAAGGCCUCUGCUGUCUACACCUGUGGUUUCCAGCCUGGUCACCACCCAAGACCCCUCAGAUUUCCCUUGUGGACCCUGGUUUGCUAAUCUUCUUUACUUCAUGGAGACUCGAUUAAUUAAGCAACCAUAAUCUCUUUCAGUAUCAUUUUAAUUUAACCGAAGUCAUCUAUGACUGUCAGGCAGAGCUUUUUCUCACCUGAGAUGGUCAUCUGUCCUCAAGGAGCAGAGAGAAAUUCUAGACAAAAGGCAAGGGGGUAGUUUUUGCCCUUCCAUGGGGCCUGCAUGAUCUCUAAAGUUUAGAACUAGCUGGAGAAACCCUCUGCCUGUGAGGAACCCCAGGGCGUCUAAUUGGGAGCACUGUUCUAGAAUCCCUGUGAUAUGGUCCAGUGUGCCUAGAAACAGCCGUUUUUGCCCUUGGGAUUACAUUGUUUGAAGGGCCAUGAUCUCUCCUUUCCUAUGGAAUAAAGGAAAAAGGAGACAGGCCCAGGUGGCAGUCCGUGUUCUCCUGAUAAAUGUAUGAUUGGAGAAGGCCGUGAGAAGGAUUUGGAACUCCUUCCUCUGGGGAUUUCAGUCUAUUUUCUUCUACUGAACCACAAGAUGCAAUGAAACCUGGAUUUCUGGAGUCUGUGAAAGGGAGGGAGAUCCUUGCUGUGACCCCAGGACCCUCUGUGGCCCGCAGCCCCACUACUCCCCUCUAUCCCAAUUCCUAAAGUCUAGGGGUUCCCACCUAGCUGAGAAGCAGCACAUUUGGCAGCGUGCCUUUGAAAAGUUCCUGGGGCUCUGCUCAGUACUUCAUUGGUACUUUAAUUCCCUCUGCUCACUUCACCCCUUCCCUGCCAGAUAGAUAAGUAUGCACAUGUAUCUUUGAUGCUCAAUAUGUUUUGCAAAUGGAAUAAGCUUCAUUUAUCCAGAAUGAUGGGGUGGGGGAAUGAGAGGUUAUAGAUAUUUUGAUACUGUGGUUAACUAAGCAUUUUUGUAAACUCUACAUAUUCCCAAUUUUCAAACAAUUGCAAUAUGGUGAAAUAUAAUUUAACACACAAACUCUGUUGACAUAACUGUUGUUUGAUAAUCUAAGAACUGGUCCAGGUUUUAUAGGAAGUUCAAGUUAAUUUCCAUUUGUUUGUUUUACCCUUAAACAUCAUUAAUCAAUAUUGUGGCCGUUUGAGCUUUCUAAUUGUUCGGUUUCUGGAUAAAUGAGAACCUUCUGUCUUAAGAGGCUCUUCUGUAUGUCCGUAUUAACAUGCAGUCACAUUCUCUCUUGUUUUUUCAGAGAAAGCAUGGACACAGACAAAGAUGACCCUCAUGGAAGGUUAGAAUACACAGAACACCAAGGAAGGAUAAAAAAUGCAAGGGAAGCUCACAGUCAGAUUGAAAAGCGGCGUCGGGAUAAAAUGAACAGUUUUAUAGAUGAAUUGGCCUCUUUGGUACCAACAUGCAACGCAAUGUCCAGGAAAUUAGAUAAACUUACUGUGCUAAGGAUGGCUGUUCAGCACAUGAAAACAUUAAGAGGUGCCACCAAUCCAUAUACAGAAGCAAACUACAAACCAACUUUUCUAUCAGACGAUGAAUUGAAACACCUCAUUCUCAGGGCAGCAGAUGGAUUUUUGUUUGUCGUAGGAUGUGACCGAGGGAAGAUACUCUUUGUCUCAGAGUCUGUCUUCAAGAUCCUCAACUACAGCCAGAAUGAUCUGAUUGGUCAGAGUUUGUUUGACUACUUGCAUCCUAAAGAUAUCGCCAAAGUCAAGGAGCAGCUCUCCUCCUCAGACACCGCACCCCGGGAGCGGCUCAUAGAUGCAAAAACUGGACUUCCAGUUAAAACAGAUAUAACCCCUGGGCCAUCUCGAUUAUGUUCUGGAGCACGACGUUCUUUCUUCUGUAGGAUGAAGUGUAACAGGCCUUCAGUAAAGGUUGAAGACAAAGACUUCCCCUCUACCUGCUCAAAGAAGAAAGCAGAUCGAAAAAGCUUCUGCACAAUCCACAGCACAGGCUAUUUGAAAAGCUGGCCACCCACAAAGAUGGGGCUAGAUGAAGACAACGAACCAGACAAUGAGGGGUGUAACCUCAGCUGCCUUGUCGCAAUUGGACGACUGCAUUCUCAUGUAGUUCCACAACCGGUCAACGGGGAAAUCAGGGUGAAAUCUAUGGAAUAUGUUUCUCGGCAUGCAAUAGAUGGGAAGUUUGUCUUUGUAGACCAGAGGGCAACAGCUAUUUUGGCAUAUUUACCACAAGAACUUCUAGGCACAUCAUGUUAUGAAUAUUUUCACCAAGAUGACAUAGGGCAUCUUGCAGAAUGUCACAGGCAAGUUUUACAGACGAGAGAAAAAAUUACAACUAAUUGCUAUAAAUUUAAAAUCAAAGAUGGUUCUUUCAUCACACUACGGAGUCGAUGGUUCAGUUUCAUGAACCCUUGGACCAAGGAAGUAGAAUACAUUGUCUCAACUAACACUGUUGUUUUAGCCAACGUCCUGGAAGGCGGGGAUCCAACCUUCCCGCAGCUCACAGCAUCCCCCCACAGCAUGGACAGCAUGCUGCCCUCUGGAGAAGGUGGCCCCAAGAGGACCCACCCCACUGUUCCAGGGAUUCCAGGGGGAACUCGGGCUGGGGCAGGAAAAAUAGGCCGAAUGAUUGCUGAGGAAAUCAUGGAAAUUCACAGGAUAAGAGGGUCAUCGCCUUCUAGCUGUGGCUCCAGCCCAUUGAACAUCACGAGUACGCCUCCCCCUGAUGCCUCUUCUCCAGGAGGCAAGAAGAUUUUAAAUGGAGGGACUCCAGACAUUCCUUCCAGUGGCCUACUACCAGGCCAGGCUCAGGAGAACCCAGGUUAUCCAUAUUCUGAUAGUUCUUCUAUUCUUGGUGAGAACCCCCACAUAGGUAUAGACAUGAUUGACAAUGACCAAGGAUCAAGUAGUCCCAGUAAUGAUGAAGCAGCAAUGGCUGUCAUCAUGAGCCUCUUGGAAGCAGAUGCUGGACUGGGUGGCCCUGUUGACUUUAGUGACUUGCCAUGGCCACUGUAAACACUACAUGUUGCUUUGGCAACAGCUAUAGUAUCAAAGUGCAUUACUGGUGGAGUUUUACAGUCUGUGAAGCUUACUGGAUAAGGAGAGAAUAGCUUUUAUGUACUGACUUCAUAAAAGCCAUCUCAGAGCCAUUGAUACAAGUCAAUCUUACUAUGUGUAACUUCAGACAAAGUGGAACUAAGCCUGCUCCAGUGUUUCCUCAUCAUUGAUUAUUGGGCUAGCUGUGGAUAGCUUGCAUUAAUUGUAUAUUUUGGAUUCCGUUUGUGUUGAAUUUUUUAAUCAUUGUGCACAGAAGCAUCAUUGGUAGCUUUUAUAUGCAAAUGGUCAUUUCAGAUGUAUGGUGUUUUUACACUACAAAGAAGUCCCCCAUGUGGAUAUUUCUUAUACUAAUUGUAUCAUAAAGCCGUUUAUUCUUCCUUGUAAGAAUCCUUUACUAUAAAUAUGGGUUAAAGUAUAAUGUAUUAGACAGUUAAAUAUUUUUAAUAAAUGUUUCCCUUGUUCUAUAAA